GCGGGGCGGGCACGUGCCGCACAGCUGGGGCUUCCUGCGGCCGGGGCCGCGCCGGGGCCCGACCGCGCCUCCGCUCCGGCACCGGCACCGCCGGCGGCACCGACACCGACACCGGCCCGCCAUGGCGCACUCGGCGCCGCUCGGCCUCCUGGAGCAGGGCUGCCCCAUCCAGGUGGAGCACGACCGCAAGCGGCGGCAGUUCACCGUGCGGCUCAACGGUUGCCACGACAAGGCCGUGCUGCUCUACGAGUACGUGGGGAAGAGGAUCGUGGACUUGCAGCACACGGAAGUGCCGGAUGCCUAUCGAGGGAGAGGAAUAGCCAAGCACCUGGCAAAGGCAGCCCUGGACUUUGUGGUGGAGGAGGACCUGAAGGCCCACCUGACGUGCUGGUACAUUCAGAAAUACGUCAAGGAGAACCCGCUGCCACAGUACCUGGAACACUUGCAGCCCUAAGGCAGGACUGCUCCCACACCAGCACACUGUCCCCGACCGUUCAGCGCGGCCUUCGCUUCUCCGCAGUCUCAGGAAUCCCUCCCCACACUCAAAUUCCCGUUUUCCUUACGCGUGUCCCCGCGGUGCGUGAGUGUGGGCACGACCUCCUCCUCUCUGCCCACGGGUGAGCGUGGCUGCAGCCCCUGGGCCAGGCUGGCUCUGGGCACACGUGGUGCCCCCCGGUGCUUUUCACAAGCCAGGGGAUAGAAGAGGCUGAUUUUUCCAUUGCAAGGCCAGGGGAUGACUUGUUCUGCACCUCAUCCUCUCCCCUCUGCUUGGCGACAGCUCUGAACUUGCUGGGGGAUGUUGGUUAGGGAUGGUCAUGGGGUACCAGCCACCCUUUCCUCCUGGCAGCUGGGGAGAUGCUGUGGGUUAAGCUCUGUGGGACAGAGGGAGGUGCUGGAGGAGCCCCAGCCCCGUGUCAGGUUCAUCCCCUGCAGCACCCGUUGGGCACCAAGGCGUGUCCAAGCCCACAUGCAACACAUACAAGAACACGUGGGCCGUGGUGGCACCUCGGGGGCUUUGCUGCACUGGCUGUGGAGACACUGGGAUGGUGACACCUUCGAGCCUAGAGACAAGAGCCGUGUGAGGAGUGGACAUGGACUGCAGAGGCUGUAGCAGAGGAAGAAAUGUGGCUGAGUUGCAGAUGCUGCUCCCUGGAGAUGCCAGCUCCUGCCCAGCUUCUGUACACAACCCUGCAGAGGCAUCCCACAGGGUCAUGGACUGUUAUUCCUGUCUUCCUGCCCUUGGUGUGGACACAGCCUGCUCAGGAGAAGAGACCAGCCCCACAGCCAGCCCUGGCCUAAGCGAUGAGGGACAUCCCAGGGCACCAAGGUGGUUUCCUGCAGCUGAAGAGGAAGGCUCCCCCCAUCUCCCUCUUCUCCAUCUCUGCAUCCCUGUCAGUGCCCCGGAUCAGCCCUGUCAGGACAGCCUGAGAGCAGCAGGGUGAGGCCUCCAGGACCUGCUCCUGGCCCAUCUCCAGGGUUCAGUGCUAGAGGCACCUGCGUCCGUGUGGAUUCCAGUGGCUUUGGAGAGAAGCCCUGGCUCGUGGCAUUACCUGUCUGCUCAGUGGCCUCCUCACAGCUCCAAGCUCAGGGCACUGGCGGCACCGUGGGGACCUUGGCAGGAACACCUUCAUUUCAUGCUCUUACCUCCAUGGAUGAUGAUUCUGUAGCACAACCCAGCAUUGCCAUGCUCAGAUGUAGAGGUGACACCAAGAUGGCAGGGCACUGCCAGGUCCAGCUUGCUGCCUGUCUUGCCUUGCCUGUGUUUUCCAGUUACACCUCAGAGCAUCUCACACUGAGCUUUCAGGAUUCUGUAGUGUCCCAGGGCAGGGCUGUGGUGAGGGAGAUGAUGUUUUCAACAUGCCCAGCCCUGAGCAGCAGCCAGGCAGGAGAUGGAGAGCCUCUCACCUGGAGAUCAAAUCCAGACCUUGCUUAGCUCAGCAGCCACUAAAGUUUACAAUCUGUGCCACGGAGUGACUGAAGCCCCAGGUGAGAGACAGCUCAGCCCUUUCCCAGAGCCCAGCACAAAGUCCAUGGCAGCAAAGGCAAAAAUUCCUCCAGUCUUCUUUCCUGGCCAGAGAUGGAGACCUUGUGCCAGGCUUUCAGCCUGAGCUGUCCCUGCCCACCGGCUCGAGGGGAACCCUUGCUGCCUGCCUGUGCUUUUGGGCUGCCCAUCACCAGCACAGUGCAGCCCUCUCAGGCUUCCAAACCUCCCAAACUCCAUCCCUGCCCUGCACACUGCAGGCUGUGAGACCCCUGCCCGUGCCCACCACCUGUGCCAGGGGGCACAGCCACCUCUGCCUCGUGCUGCUCAGGAAAGCCUCAAGCUCAGCCCUGCCUCUGCUUCAUUUCUGCCCUCCUGCUGCUUAUUUCACCCAGGCUGUGACCUUUAGGGUGGUUUCAAGGGACUGGGAAAGGGUGGCAGGUAACAAACUAAAGGGGCUCGAGAAGAAAUGUGGGUUGCUAAAUGUUCCUUCUUUAACAUGCAGAACACACUUCAACACAUAGUUACAGGAGCAAGGCUGGCUCUGGUACUGCUGUGAUGACUGAACCAUCCCUUCUCUUGAUUCCAAGGUGAAGCUGAACUGUUUUCUCCCCUGGAAGCCAAGAUAAGACACUUGUGUCUUUGCCACAGCAGGGCUGCGAGCUCGGGAGCGAUGUUUGAGCCCAGUGCUGCGAGCCUCUGUGCUGGUUCUGUGCUCCUUUCCACUGUGUGCAGUCUCCAGCAGCUCCCUGUUGUGUCAGCUGGCUGGAGGGUGUGCUGUGCUCGCUCUGGGCAGUGUCCCAGUGUCCAGCCUGGCUCUGGAGCCCCUCGUGCUUCCCGGCGCUGGAUCACCCGCAGCGAUGGCUGCCUUAAACCAGGCACAGCACACGGUUUUGCUGCUGCUUCCCUUCGAGGUGCUACAACCCCUGACCUGACAGAGACGUGUGCCAGUGUCUGUGCCAACCAUUUCUGUGUCCGUGCUCUGUCCCAGCCCUCCCUCCUCCUCCAUGCCAGGAAUAGCAAUACCCGCAGGUCACCAGCGACGCCGCGCUCCAGGCUCGGGUGGGACCCGGCUCGGGGUCCCUCGGUGCUGGGUAGCCCUUCCCUGCCUCCCCACCAGCUGCCUUUUCCCAGCUGGUCUCUGCAGAAAGGAGCUUUGAGUCCUGUGCUGCCCCUUGGUGCUGAUUAGGCCUGGAGGAGUUUGGGAUCUUGGACUCUCUGCAGGCAGCAGGAGUGUGGAAGUGGUUUGGUUGAAUACGGAGCUCCCCAAACCCGUUUGAACUACAGACCUUUGGUGGGUGGGGGAAUGCAGGUGGCUGUCAAACCUGCUUCCACAGCCCCCAACUUGAAACACCCCCUUCCUUUGUCCACUCUCCAGCGUUGUCUUCCUCUCUCCAAGGUUUCUGUUCUGUUUGAUUCGGUGGUUACGAUGUGCCUUUCCUUCUCAGGACCUGUUACAAAUGACCUUUCUGCUCUUGUUUAACAUUUAUCUUGAUCCCUCCCUCUGUCAUACUAGAAAACAUGAACAUAAUGCAUGGAAUACAAUACAAUAAAAGUGUGGCUUAACUGA